AUGUCAAGAUUUGAUAUUUUUUGGAAGUGUGGUUUCUCGAGGUUGUCAUUUUACCCACUCGCAGUGAGCAACGCUGUGAGGCAUACCACUCCGUUGGCGGUGAGGGAUCGGGAGAAGUCGUUUGUUGGCUAUUUUGGUUUAGGCUUAAGUGCAGGUGGCACCGUCAAUCGACCGGGACGUGCACAGGACACCAAUCAGGUACAGGUCAAUGUAAAUCCGAAUCCUGCUGGCAGUGGUAGUGCAGCUCAUAGUGAUGGAGAUGCACCAGAGAUACGGAAGUACAAAAAAAAGUUUAGUGGGGAUAUACUCUGUGCAGCGUUAUGGGGCGUCAACCUCCUUAUUGGAACUGACUCAGGCUUGAUGUUAUUGGAUCGUAGCGGGCAAGGGAAAGGGGAGAGGGGUUUAUUGCGAAUUUCAACUUUUGCAGUAUACCAGUUAAUCACGAGAAGACGUUUUGAUCAAAUGACGGUUCUUGAGGGACAAAACAUUCUUGUCACUAUCAGUGGACGGAAGAGAAGGAUCCGAGUUUACUACCUCUCUUGGUUAAAACAGAAAAUCCUUCGGACAGAAGGUGUAAGUGGGAUUGAGAUGGAGAAGAGGAAUGGAUGGGUAAAUGUUGGGGAGUUACAAGGCGCUGUGCAUUUUAAAAUUGUUCGAUAUGAACGAAUCAAAUUUCUUGUCGUUGGUUUAGAGAGUUCAAUUGAAAUCUAUGCCUGGGCUCCAAAACCAUAUCACAAAUUUAUGGCUUUCAAGGACGUACGUUUGUUGCAGAAUUUCCAGCAGCUUGCACAUCUUCCGCUGGUUGUUGACCUGACGGUGGAAGAAAACGCACGACUGAAAGUUUUAUACGGUUCUAGAGAAGGUUUUCACGCGAUAGACCUCGAUUCUGGCUCGAUAGACGAUAUUUAUAUUCCAACUAAUAACGAGACCCCUGUGAUGCCUCAUUGCAUAGUGAUACUGCCAAAUAGCAAUGGUAUGCAAUUAUUACUGUGUUAUAAUAACGAAGGAGUUUAUGUCAGUACAUAUGGUAAAGCGACAAAGAAUGUGUUUCUACAGUGGGGUGAAACUCCUUCUUCCGUUGGUCGGGUUGAGGAAGUGCGUGUUGGUCGUUAUUUAUUUACGCGGGUGAAAGCAGGGAUCAAUUCCCAGAUUUCAAGAACAGAGAUUUGCUAUCACUGGGAAUAUUCAUAUGGUAGCUUAAUGAUGUUUGAUGACUUAACAAUUGGUCGGAUAACAGCUACUCCUGAUGAGCGUCUGGCAGCAGUUGUUCAUUCCCUGUGCUGA